GAUCGUCGUCGUCGCAAGUCGCAAUCUUGUGCUGUGAGCGUCGUGGUAUUAAACAUUUUCGAAACUUUGCCAUUCGGUUUAGUUUUCAACGAGUUUCUUUAUCGAUCGCUUGGUCUUGUGCGCGUGUCUUGUGUGCUUAAUGCCUGUCGCGAGUGGCUAGCAGCAUAGGCUAGUGUGUAUUUUUUUGUUUUACUACAAUCUCGUCGGAUUUGGAUUCGAGAGUUGCAAUUCCGGCUGCCCAUUUUUCUUGGGGGGCCUGUUUGUGUGCCUUUAAUGCUUUUAUUUUCGUUAUUUUUGUGAUAUGCGUUAGAUGAUUCGGUGCGUGCUUGGAAAUCAUUUAUUUCCAGGGAGGAAAAUCAAUUUUGUGCGUAACGUAGAGUAUUGAUUUGUGCGACAAGAGUGAGUGAGUUUGUUUUUUUGAUUUUCGCUCAUGCGAAAUCAAAGCUCGUAGGGAGUAGUAGUUCGUCGGAAAGUGAAACCCAAGUGCCUUGAGCGGCCUUAAAUGGCGAAAGUGAUACCGACGACCUUUCCUCCGUCGUCCCGGGAUUGUAUCGAUCGAGAUUAACCUGAGUGCAACGUGUGUGUAAUCAAGUGUCAUCGUCAACGGUCGAAAUAGAGCGCGCAAUAUGAUCCAUCGGAAGAAAGUGCGCCUUUGAAAUUUCACAAGAAGAGAGCGGUCAGUUUGUGCACGGCGAGGAUCUUGGCUGCCUUCGAGCGCCAACAAGAGUGAAAAGUGCAAUCGAAACUAGUUUUAGUCAGGUGGUGUGCUACGUAGUGCCUUCAAUAUUAGACUUCUUUAUUUUUGUAAUCAGCGCGUCUAGACGCCAUUGCUUCUAUUGAAGUCCCCCGAAUCAAGCGUCGUAGUGUGCCAUAGAAAGAAAUAACAAAAAAAUAAAACGAGUUGGAAUACAAAACCAUCACACAUCCAGUGAACAAACGAGUUCAUCCGACCACCGAGAGGAACCCCAUCGAGUUUGAACAUUCUAGUGAACCGCAUCGGGGACCCUCGGAAUCCGUCAACGAGAGACAGAUUGCGGAUUUUUUUUAACAGGCGUCCACAUCUCGAAAUCCAUCACGAAAGGAAAUUCAACAUCACCGAAACCAUGACCAGUAUACUCUCUACACCGGGCAAGUAUCGCUCGCGGAAGGACCACAGUACCGGAUCGAUCCCCACAUUGGUCUCCCUGGAGGAGGAAUCUAGUCUUCAUGCGGUCACCGGUACCGAGUCAGAGCUUCACAGCUAUCACCUGCACCCGCUGGCGGCCUCGCCAAACGGUGCCACGGGUAGCACCAACGGUAGCCUUGAACCGUUCGCCAACAACGCACUGAAUAUCAAAAAUGGACUCAGUGUCAAAUCGCCACGACGAAGUUCUCUAGGAAUUGGCCUUCUCGGCAGUCGCAACGGCAACGGUAACGGCGAAAAAGGCAACAAACGACGUAGCUCCAUUGCAGUGGCUUUCCUCGGUGGAGGUCGUCGUGAUUCAAAAUCCCACAAUCAACACUAUCCCAUCGCGACGAUCCCAGAAAAGUACCACAAAACCACAGAGUCCGACAUUGAGAAUGACUCGCCCAAUCACUAUUACACGGUGCCGGCUGGAAGCGUCGCUGCCGUCGUUCUCGGCGGGGAGUCCAAUGGAUCCGGACCGUCGGAAUUCAGUGCCAGCAAUGGGAGUCUGCCCGGAAAUGGGUCCGGUUAUGACAAGAAACGACGUCGAUCGUCCUCGUGGCAAACGAAAUUGGAACGACGACGCCGUAAAGGGAUGUCCUCUGCACUGGACAACGCGGAAGGCGCCAGCAACAGUGGCAGUCUGGAUGGUUUCGGAUCGGCGAAUGGGUUGGACACCUUCAACAGCAAGUACGGCCGCGAAAAGCGACACUCGUGGUGGAACAUUUUCGUUCCGGACAAUCUCAAACAGAGGACCCGGCGAGCUAGUCAAGAUGUGAUACUGUCCAAAAGUUCUGACAGCCUCAGCCCACCCUACCGAAGGAGCAAAUCGAGGAGCGUUGAUCAUGGAUUGGCUGCACCCUUCGAUCUAGACUCACUGCGGUCCAAAGUGGAGGGCCGCUUCGAAAGCAUCGAUCGACUGACAAAAGAUGGCGAGAAGAAGCGCUCGAUGCCGACGAUACCGACGACGUCCUAUACGGUGGGUGAUCGGGAUACGUUGACCUCGUUGGCAGCCCGCUACGAUACCACACCGUCGGAGUUGACCCAACUGAACCGGUUGGCCAGCUCGUUCAUCUACUCCGGACAGCAGCUGCUGGUGCCGGAUAAGUCAGCCAAGUUCGGCGCCGGAUCGGGCGGAGACGGUGAAUCGGAUGCCAGCACCGAACGCUCGUCGCACAGUCCCACCGAAGGCCGCCGCAAGGGCUCGAACGAGGAUCUGUGCCAGGAUGAGAAGGAUCUGUUGGAAGGACUACGCCCCGGUUCGCCGAAGCCUGGCCACAUUGAGCGCGUUGCCUCGCCGAACAACCAAAGCGGCGGGGGUGGCGGAGGAGACACGGCGGCAGGUUUCAACGAGGAUGACCCCGUUACUAUCCAACGCUUUCUCAAGAUCAAUGUGCGGCACAUUACCGAUGGGCAGGGUGUGGUCGGUGGUGUCCUUCUGGUCACCCCCAAUGCGGUCAUGUUCGAUCCGAACGUGUCCGAUCCGCUAGUCAUCGAGCAUGGUCCCGAAAGUUAUGGCGUCAUUGCGCCAAUGGAGUACAUUGUAAAUGCCGCCAUUUUCAACGACAUUGCCCAUAUGCGCGUGCAAGGUUCGACCGGGGGUAACGAAACUGCCGAAAAGGCCGAAAUCUACUAUCCGGUGCCGGAGAAGUCCUGUUCGCGCUGCGACACCCAUUCACCCGGCAAGGACUCCCUCUUGGUGAAGGACGAAACGUUCCCGGAGCUGGGUGUUGGCUCGGUCGAAGGUUGUGAUGAUCAGGAGAGCAUCUGUUCGAGCAACGAACGCGAAGGGGACGCUUUCCCGAAGGCCUUCGAACGUGAUCUAGUCACGCCAAACAACCUGCAGCGCUUGCACGGCGAUUCUACCGAGAGCGGUGGCAGUUCGGAGAAGCCUCCAUCAGCGGAGCCACCCUUUCUGGGUUACGAUCGAGAUUCGCAGUCACAGACGCCGAACUCGCUGGACAACAGCACCGGUGGACAGGAGCCACCGAGCGGCGCCGCCAGCAAGAGUGGCGAUAAGACUGACAGCAAGACCAGCAGCAGUAUUCUGGAGGAUCCUACGGUUCGCUCCCUGGAGGAACGGAGGCGCAGUCUGCUCGAUCAGCACUGGGCCAUUCCCAGCAAGGAUAGAAUAAAAUGUUAUUGCAAUAAAACCCUAUCUCAAAGAUCGCUGGACGACGAGGAAGCCACCAGCACCGGAAGCGGUACAACGGCCGCUUCCAGCGUAACGGCUCCAGCGGCCAUCGUCGGUGGUGCAGUCGGUGCCGGAGCGGAUGAUGAUGGUGGUCAGCUAGUGAAACAAUCCUGUCACGAUUCCGGAAUUGACAUUCGGGAUCCCAACUCACUGCCAUCGGGUGCUGGUGCUGCAGCAGCGGGAGCUGGAUCUGCGGCCCAGCCAGGUGUCCCGGUCGUGGCUCCGAUCCCAGCCAAAAAAAUCUACAGUGAUGCGGAUAUUGUGCUCAGUGCCGACUGGGUGCCACCGUUGACGAUUGCCCCGUCGCACUUUGUCGACAGUUCUCCAAGAAACUCCUCAUCCACAUCUUCGCAGCACAGCUCCCUGUCCACAACGCAAGCGGAUGCCGCCGGCCGGAAGAAAACCUCCAGCGUCAGUUUCAGCGUCGAGGAACACGAUCCCCAUGGGACGACCCAGGUGGACAAGGGCGGAGAAACGAAAAAGAAUAAGAUGUUGAAACGACUGUCCUAUCCGCUGGCCUGGGUGGAAGGCUUGACCGGAGAAGGCGGCAGCACCACUCACAAAUCGGACUCAAUGGAAUCCGCUCCCAACACCGGAGACUCCAAUCAAAGCGUAUUUUCCAAAGUUUUUUCGAGCUCGCCCAUAACAUUGGUCUCGGAGCUGGGCGGCAAUUUGUUCUUGUCCAAGACUCCCUCGGAAGAUUCGGGUGGCUCGCCGGUGCCUCCGUUGACCCCGCACGACGGUCACCACCAUGGCCAUGGUCAGUUGCACCAUCAGCAGAGUGGUGGCAGCAGCGGCGGCGGUGGAGGAGCCACCGCCUCGUCAAUCGGGCGCUCCUCGAUAGGAACCUUCAUCCGACCGCAAUCCGAGACCGGAUCCGCUGCCACCAAGCAGAAGCAGGCACCACCAAAGCUAGACUACCGUUCGAUGGUUUCGAUUGACGACAUGCCAACACUGUUCGUUAGCUUCGACAAGCUUAUCCCACGACCGGCCCGUGCCUGUCCCGAUCCACCGAUGUACCUGCGGUUGCGCAUGGGUCGCAAGAUCGGCAAGAACACACCGCUACCGACUACGGUCAUGUCCUACGGCAAGAACAAACUACGGCCGGAAUAUUGGUUCAGUAUUCCCAAGAACAAGGUUGACGAGCUGUAUCGAUUCCUGACCGCUUGGGUACAGCAUCUGUAUGGUGAGCUAGACGAAAAAGCCAUCAAGGAGCGUGGCUACGAGCUAAUCCAAAACGACACCGAUUGGGCUACCAAGGGCGGCAGUCCGACCAAGGAUGGACGUUCUGCCAGCGAAGGCGAAAUCACCGAGUACACCCGAGAAUCAUGGGAGAUGCUGAAGGCACCGUUUGUCAAGACCUACAAUAUAAUCAAAAGCCAAACCGGAUCCAACGAUUUGGAUGGUUGUGAGGUUCUGUCUAUGAGCACAGAUGACUACCGGAAGGCGACGCUGUUUGCAACCAGUUCCUUCGAUCAAGACUUCCAGAUUCCGGACUUGAUUGGCCAGACGGAGAUCCUCAGCGAGGAGCAUCGUGAAAAACUCUGCGCCCACCUGCCAGCACGUGCCGAGGGCUACUCGUGGUCCCUGGUGUUCAGCACUUCGCUGCAUGGUUUCUCACUGAACUCGUUGUACAGGAAGAUGCACAAACUUGAAAGUCCCAUCCUAAUAGUCAUAGAAGACACGGACCACAAUGUUUUUGGUGCCCUCACAUCCUGCUCGCUGCACGUGUCGGACCAUUUCUACGGUACCGGCGAGUCGCUGCUGUACAAAUUUAACCCGCACUUCAAGGUGUUCCACUGGAGCGGGGAGAACCUUUACUUCAUCAAGGGUAAUCCGGAGAGUCUGGCGAUCGGUGCCGGAGACGGAAAGUUCGGCCUCUGGCUGGACGGUGACCUGAAUCAGGGCCGGUCGCAGCACUGCAGCACCUACUCGAACGAACCGCUGGCGCCACAGGAGGACUUUGUCAUCAAAACUCUCGAAUGCUGGGCAUUUGUCUAAACAAAUGGGCGAUCCCUCGGAACGGGGGUGGACACUGUGAGAAGCGAUAGAAAUACAGAACCGAUAGUAUGUGUGUGCGUGCGUGCGAGUUUGAGCUGCGUGUUUUGCAUGAGUGUGCGUGUGUGAACGAGGCAGGAUCGCGUGUUGCUACAAGAGCUGAGAUAGAAUUUAGUGCAUAAUUGCUAAGUAAUAUAUAUAUAUAAAUAAAUGUAACUGUAAAUCGAAAUUGCAGAAAUGAAGAAAGUUUGAAACAAAUUCUAGAGAGAUGCUACUUUUAAGAAAAACAAAAAAAAAAGAAACACUAAUGAUGGAUUCUAGAGCAAAACGGAAGAUUAUUAUAAAAUAAAAAGCAUAUAUAAACCAUUUACAAAUGAGACAGAGAAUUUAUUAGAGCAACCGUUUCAUAUGUUUUGAAUAGAGACGGCAAGAAAUGAAGGGAUGCAAAGAAGGAGUAAUAUGAAUUCUUAGCUUUAAGGGGAGAGCGCCUCGUGUGUCAAGUGGGGCCCGUUGUUAAGAAGAUAUAUAUUUAUAAACAAAGUGAAGAUAGACAAAAUUUAAGAUUGCAAUCCUAACCCGAAGGGGAUGAGUCGUAAGAUAUUUGUAGUCGGCUGAACGCGUCAAGUGCGCCGAAGGUGUAGCAAGAUUUAUUGAAGAUGCCCUCAUACAAACAUUUAUACUUUUGGCGGAGUCUCUCUCUCCAUUCUACCGUUCACAGAAGAACGCCGGAGCAAACCGAAGGCUGUCGGAGAGAGGCUCCACGCUGUCCUCAAAGCAAAAUCCAACUCUUGUACACGCAUAUGUUGAAUAACCUCUCUAUAUAUUAGUGCAAAUAACGAAUUAACAAAUGCAAAAAAAAAACAAGUCACCGAAACAAAGCAAAAAAUACCCAGCAAUUUGCGCUGUAGCUACGUAAUCACCCAUUAAACCAAGCAUAUAGGACAAAUAUAAUAAACAUGUUGCUAAAGAAAAUCCAACAACACAACAUAAAGGAAAUUGUGUUAGAAGUAAAAUGUUCAAACUUAGAGACUGCUUUCCAUUUGAGUAAACAAAAAUUAAUCUGUUGUGACAAAAUAGAACAAAAUCAAACAAAAAAUUGGAAAACACAUUACACACAAUCACACACAUACACACCUCCGUCCUUCUUCUCAGCCUGGAAGACGGGGCACGGGACAGGGUGGGGCAACCAUUUUAGUCACUUGUGUAAUGUGUAUGCUAGCAGCAUCGUUUCGCUGAUGGAAUGAGUACAGAAUUCGACCGAGUCAACACAAUGUUAGACAAUAAACACAAACAAACCGACACACACAGCCACAUCCACAGAAACAAAUUUGAAAUUAAAUUCUCGCCAAGGAACAUGUCAAUUCAUAACGAACAGAAGAGGGAGAAGAAACAGCCGGAGAAAUUUGCCUACACACGUUGGAAGUUUGGAAGAAGUUUACAGUUACGUAGGGGUUUUCUUUUGCACAGUCGAUACAAUUGAUAUAAAUGUAUUGAUAUUGUUUUGCUGCUAGGAUUCGUUCGUUUAUUUUACAUCUUGUUUUUUAGAGAAACCCUCUAGAGGUUGAACUGAUAUAUAGUUGAACUCGACCAGGAAAUAUGACAGAAUACGCCUUCCGGGGUGCGUGCGGCAUCUCGGAUCAUUCGGUCGGUCGGUCGGUGGCAAGACCGAACCCGAACGCGUACUUUCUUCGUGUUUAAUUUUUUAAGCAUUGUUUUAAUUUAUUAUAUUUUUUUAAUUUUCUACAUCCAUAUUACUUAUACAUCUUAUUUAUAUGUACAAUUAUAAACAGAAGGAUCGAUUAAACCUUACAAAAGUCCCGUGUGUAAGCCAGUCGCAAAAUAAACACAAAUUAAACAACCAACAUACAUACACACAAACACACCCAAUUGGACAAAGGAAUACAAAAAGCCGCGACUGGACGGAACGAAAGCAAGAUAACUUUUAUUUUCUGGUAGGCAUAUAACACAAAGGGAAAACAUGUUGUUGUAAUUGAUUAACACGUUUUACAUGUGAAACUAUAGUAAUAAAUGAAGCAAACAGUGAUUAAAUCCAA